AUGGCCACGCCCCCUCCUCCCCGCCGCGCUCUCCCAUUGGCUCCGGGCCCCACCAGCACCGCGCCGAUUGGCUGCGCUUUAAAUGGAAGCCACGCCCCCUGGAUGCCGAGCCCCGUUGGCUCCGCGCUGGCCUCGCCCCCUCCGCCCCCCGCGUCCUCCGAUUGGCUCCGGGCCCCACCAGCUCCGCGCCGAUUGGCUGCGCCGGCCGAGAAGGGGCGGGGCCGGACUUCAGGACGCCGCGCUUUAAGUAGAAGCCACGCCCCCUGGAGGCCGUGCCCCUGGCUCCCCGCUGGCCACGCCCCCUCCUCCCCGCCGCGCUCUCUCAUUGGCUCCGGGCCCCACCAGCUCCGCCCCCUGCUCCGCGCCCAUUGGCCGCGCCCGCCGGGAUGGGGCGGGGCCGGCCGCGCUUUAAAUAGAAGCCACGCCCCCUGGAGGCCGUGCCCCGUGUGUGGACACGCCCCCUUCAGGCCCUCGCCUCCGCUCCGACUCUUCAUCAACAAUAGUGGCUCCCCGCUGGCCACGCCCCCCUCCUCCCCGCCGCGCCCUCCCAUUGGCUCCGGGCCCCACCAGCUCCGCCCCCGGCUCCGCGCCCAUUGGCCGCGCCCGCCGGGAAGGGGCGGGGCCGUUCUUCGGGACCAACGCGCUUUAAAUAGAAGCCACGCCCCCUGGAGGCCGUGCCCCGUGUGUGGACACGCCCCCUCUAGGCCCUCGCCUCCGCUCCAGCUCUUCAUCAACAAUAGUGGCUCCCCGAUGGCCACGCCCCCUCCUCCCCGCCGCGCUCUCCCAUUGGCUCCGGGCCCCACCAGCACCGCGCCGAUUGGCUGCGCUUUAAAUGGAAGCCACGCCCCCUGGAUGCCGAGCCCCGUUGGCUCCGCGCUGGCCUCGCCCCCUCCGCCCCCCGCGUCCUCCGAUUGGCUCCGGGCCCCACCAGCUCCGCGCCGAUUGGCUGCGCCGGCCGAGAAGGGGCGGGGCCGGACUUCAGGACGCCGCGCUUUAAGCCCUCGCCUACCGCUCCGGCUCUUCAUCAACAAUAGUGGCUCCCCGCUGGCCACGCCCCCCUCCUCCCCGCCGCGCUCUCUCAUUGGCUCCGGGCCCCACCAGCUCCGCCCCCUGCUCCGCGCCCAUUGGCCGCGCCCGCCGGGUAGGGGCGGGGCCGGCCGCGCUUUAAAUAGAAGCCACGCCCCCUGGAGGCCGUGCCCCGUGUGUGGGCACGCCCCCUUCAGGCCCUCGCCUCCGCUCCGACUCUUCAUCAACAAUAGUGGCUCCCCGCUGGCCACGCCCCCUUCUCCCCGCCGCGCUCUCCCAUUGGCUCCGGGCCCCCACCAGCUCCGCGCCGAUUGGCUGCGCCCGCCGGGAAGGGGCGGGGCCGGACUUCGGGACCGCCGUGCUUUAAAUAGAAGUCACGCCCCCUGGAGGCCGUACCCCGUGUGUGGACACGCCCCCUUUAGGCCCUCGCCUCCGCAGCGGCUCUUCAUCAAUAAUAGUGGCUCCCCGCUGGCCACGCGUCCUCCGCCCACCGCGCUCUCCGAUUGGGUCCGAGCCCCACCAGCGCCGCGCCGAUUGGCUGCGCCAGCCGAGAAGGGGCGGGGCCGGCCUUCAGGCCCGUCGCGCUUUAAAUGGCAGCCCCGCCCCCUGGAAGCCAUAACAGUGUGUUGCCACGCUCCCUGGAGGCCGUGCCCCGUGUGUGGACACACCCCCUUUAGGCCCUCGCCUCCGCUCCGGGACUUCAUCAACAAUAGUGGCUCCCCGAUGGCCACGCCCCCUCCUCCCAGCCGCGCUCUCCCAUUGGCUCCGGGCCCCACCAGCUCCGCGCCGAUUGGCUGCGCCCGCCGAGAAGGGGCGGGGCCGGCCCUCAGGACGGCCGCGCUUUGA